CACUGACUAACUUCAAUUCAUAGACUAUCACCUCAUGAUUCUCCACGUGUCCCAUCAAAUACCAAAACAUCUUGAUUCUAUUACGUGGCAAGACCUUAUAGAUCACAUGCACAAUAACCAUGGUGUAGUGAUACACAGUGUUCGUUGACUCCAAGUCUUCGGUUAGGUGCUAGACCAUAAAGAAACGAUAAAUUGCUAAAAAUAAAAAUAAAAGAUGAAGAAGAAUUUCUUCCCAUUUUCUUUCACUGCCUGCUACCCUCUCCCUAUCUUCAUCAAACCCUAAAGUUUUAGCUCUGCAUUGGAGACUCUGCUGGUUUUUACUUUCUGAUCAUCAGACACGGGUACUUUCUUGAAUGUGAGUUGGAUUUCUGGCAUUGCUGUCGGAAGAUUUCACGAAAGCGUUGGACUCUUGAUUCGUUAAUUUUGCGACUUUUAGGUAACUUGAUAAGGGUUGGUGAUCUAUCUGUAGGUUUUCCUUAGUAAUGAGAUGGCAAGGGAAGUUAUUGUCAAUGCAUCAAUCGUUUCAGUAUCGGAGUUGCUUUCACAUACUGUAGAUUCCAUAUUUGACACAGUACAUGCAGCUAAAGAAGUGCUCAUUCAAAAGGAGAAUUUCAAGAGAUUCUUGACGUACUUGGAGAAGACAGCAUAUUUCUUGAAAGAUUUAGCAAGGUUCAACCUAGAACAUUCUGAGAACUUGAAUAAUGCUGUAGAGAUUCUAAAUUGUGAGACUAAAGUUGCUAAGAGGCUAGCUGUUGAGUGCAGCAGCAAGAACAAGGUCUAUCUCUUUCUGAAUUGUCGAAAAAUUGUUAAGCAUUUGGAGGCGUGCACGAAAGAGAUCGGUCGUGCCUUGAGUCUCAUACCUCUUGCCUCUUUAGAUGUUUCAUUGGGUUUAAGUAAUGAAAUCAGCAAGCUAUGCAAGAAUAUGCUGGAUGCAGAAUAUCGAGUAGCAGGAUUGGAGGAGGAAGUCUUGGGAAAGAUUGAGUGGGCAAUAAAUGAGGGAAAUGUAGAUCAAUCUUAUGCAAACAAUUUAUUGGCUAGUAUUGCUGAAGCUGUAGGGAUCUCUGGUGAUCGUUCAGGUUUGAAGGAGGAGUUCGAAGAAUUCAAGAACGAAAUUGAAAAUGUCAAGCUAAGAAAGGACAUGGCAGAAGCUAUACAGAUGGAGCAGAUCAGUUCGUUUCUUGGAAAGGCUGAUGCCACUACAUCUUAUGAGGAGCGAGAAAGGAAGUACCUUGACAAGAGAAAUUCUCUGGGUAGACAAGCUUUGGAACCUUUCCAUUCAUUCUUUUGUCCAAUUACUCAUGAUGUAAUGGUUGAUCCUGUGGAAACUUCCUCCGGUAAAACAUUCGAGAGAAGUGCAAUAGAGAAAUGGUUUGCGGAAGGGCACAACCUUUGUCCCUUGACCUUCACUACCUUAGACACUUCGGUUUUACGACCUAACGUAACUCUUCGUAGAUCGAUUGAGGAAUGGAAGGAAAGAAACAACUUGGUUAUCGUUAUUUCCAUUAAACAAAAACUUCAAUCAAAUGAAGAGCAAGAAGUUCUUCAGUCAUUGGGCAAGCUGCAAGAUCUGAUGGCAGAACGAGAGAUUCACCAAGAAUGGGUGAUGUUGGAGGACUAUGUGCCAGUUCUUACUGGAUUUCUUGGUGCGAGAAAUCGUGAAAUAAGAAUCCAAACUCUGUCCAUCCUUUGCAUCCUUGCAAAGGGCAGUGACCACAACAAGGAAAAAAUUGCUGAAGUAGAUCAUGCACUUGAAUUUAUAGUUCGGUCGCUUGCACGCCAGAUUGAGGAAAGUAAGUUAGCCUUGCAGUUGUUACUUGAACUAUCAAGAAACAAUGCGGUGCGAGAUUUAAUCGGAAAUAUUCAGGCCUGUAUUUUUCUCCUAGUGACCACAUUAAACAGUAAGGAAAUUGAAGCUGCCAGAGAUGCAGCAGAGCUUUUGGAGAAUCUGUCUUUCCUUGAUCAAAAUGUUAUACAGAUGGCAAAGGCUAACUAUUUUAAGCCAUUACUGCGACUUCUUUCUUCAGGGCCAGAAAAUGUUAGAAUGGUCAUGGCUGGGACAUUAGCAGAAAUUGAUUUGACUGAUCACAAUAAAUUAUCCUUGUUUAAAUAUGGGGCACUAGAGCCUCUUCUUCGGUUUCUCUCGAAUGACGAUUUAGAAGUGAAAAAAGUGGCUGUUAAAGCUCUUCAGAACCUUUCAAAUGUACCAGAAAAUGGUCUUCAGAUGAUCAGAGAAGGUGCAGUUGGACCUCUUUUUGAAAUUCUUUAUCGACACGGCUUAUCAUCACCACGUUUGCGCGAGCAUGUUGCAACCAUAAUUAUGAACCUUGCCAUAGCAACCACUUGCCAAGAAGCUGAUCAUGAGCAGAUCUCAUUACUGGAAUCUGAGGAAGAUAUUUUUAAGCUCUUCUGUCUAAUUUCCUUGACGGGUCCGGAGAUUCAGAAGAGCAUUCUUCGAACUUUUCUUGCAAUGUGCCAAUCUCCUUCCGGUGUAGAAAUAAGAGAAAAACUGAGACAGCUCUCUGCUGUCCAAGUAUUGGUUCAAUUAUGUGAGCAUGAUCAUAGUAUAGUACGGGCAAAUGCCAUGAAGCUGUUCUGCUGCUUGACAGAAGAUGGUGAUAACAGCAUCAUUUUGGAACAUGUGGGUCAAAGAUGCAUUGAGACCUUGGUCAAGGUCAUUAUGGUAUCGACUGAUGUGGAGGAGAUUGCUGCAUCCAUGGGUAUUAUUUCUAAUCUUCCUGAUGACCCAAAUAUAACUUUGUGGCUUGUAGAUGCUGGGGCAGUUCAGGUCAUUUCUACCUGUCUCACUGAUGAGAGCAGAAAUGCCUCACACAGAAAGCAGAUAACAGAGAAUGCCAUUAAAGCUCUUUGUCGUUUCACUGAGAGUCAGGAGUGGCAGAAGAGAGUAGCCAAAGUUGGAAUUAUUCCGGUGCUUGUGCAAUUACUGGUUUCUGGAACUGCUUUGAUGAAACGAAGUGCUGCCAUUUCUCUUAAACAGCUUUCUGAAAGUUCAAGUUCCUUAAGCAGCCCAGUGAAAAAACGUGGUCUUUUCUCCUGCUUGGCUGCACCAGUCACAUGCUGCCCUGUACAUCUGGGAAUUUGUACAGUGGAAUCUUCCUUCUGCAUUUUGGAGGCUAAUGCUCUGGAACCCCUGGUGAGGAUGCUUGGAGAAGCUGAUCUUGGAGUCUGUGAAGCUUCAUUAGAUGCACUCCUGACAUUGAUCGAUGGACAAAAACUACAAAGUGGUAGUAAGGUGCUCGCUGAAGCAAAUGCCAUUGUUCAAAUUAUAAAGCUAUUGAGCUCACCUUCUGCCAGGGUGCAGGAGAAAACACUGGGGGCUCUAGAGCGAAUCUUUCGACUAUUUGAAUUCAAGCAAAAAUAUGGAAAUUCAGCCAAGAUGUCAUUAGUUGAUAUAACACAAAGGGGAAGCAGUAGCAUGAAAUCCCAAGCAGCUAAAUUACUUGCUCAAUUGAAUGUUCUUAAUGAACAAUCCUCUUAUUUCUGAUUGUUCAUCUGAAAGAUUUCCAUUCUUUUUACACAUGUAUUUAACAUUUCCUUCUGAUAACUUGCCUUUACACUAUGUUAAUGAAAUUAGAAUUUAAUUCUUUCACAUA